CCCGUGUAAGAAUGAAGCUCAGCGCUGUUGUGACAGGUCUGUGGUGCUGGCCUGUGGCGGCUCUGGCAUUUGCGCCAGUUCCUGAUGCCAGAUCCAGAACAACUCUUCGCCGAGGCAACGGCGCAUCGCGACUGCAAGAACGCCGAGAGGUCAGCACGACUGAAGCAAACAGGCAGCGAAAGGAUGUCAUCACAUCUAUCACUGCUUUUCCAUGUGGAUGACACUGUGUGCAGGCACAUGUGCUGGUGGAAGAUGCGAUGAGUUCAUCAUCACGGCGUGUCCAUAUCGGCACGCUGCUCAUCGCACCAGCAGUGCUGACCGCCGCAUCGCUCCCUGCAGUAGCAGACAGGUCGGUGCCUUCAUCUCUGACCGAACCACAGGGGCUCUCUCUCAUCUGUGUCGGUGGCGUCUGCAGCACUGGUCGCUACUCGAGCAUUGCGACGGCCAAGAAGCGCUAUCUGCCGCGGAUCAACCGGGGCAUCAGCGAAUUCGCCUCACUCAAAGGCGAAGUCAACGGCGGAGGGUAAGGUGGCCAGCAGAUACACACGCCCUAGACGAUGGCACUGCAUCCACUUGUUGUCUGUUCCCCUUUGUGUGUGUCAGUUUUGAUGGCGUGAGCACGUUUCUGACCUCCCGGGCACCGGACAUGGUGGCGGCUCUCGAUCUGUAUGCCACUGGUGCCCUCAAAAAGGCAGGCUUGGCGCACUCGCAGACACUUUUUGCGGUGGGUCAAUGGCAUCCCUGCCCCUCCGUGUGUUUGUCAGGGUGAGUACCUGGACAAGAAGAGCCUGGGCGCCAAGGGUGCGGCCGACGAGUUCACCAAACACGUCGACGAGAUGAGAAGCGCCGUCAAGGCCAAAGACAAAGAGGCACUCAAGGUGGGUAGGGGACCACAGGACGGCACUCGCCUUCCGUGUGUGUCGCAUUUGAUCGUUCUCACUUUGUACUGGGUGUGUCGAUGUGUGUCAGACUGCGUAUUUGGCUGCUGAGGAGGACUUGACGAGCUAUUUGUCCAUCGGCGAGCUGCCACCGAUCGGCGACGCGACCUAUGCCAAGCUCUAAUGACCCCCUCAGUGCGAUGCGUGCGCUCGAUGGGUCGUGCGAGACGUGGCUUUCGAUUUUUG